GCGGGGCGGGGCGGGGUUUCUGGUCAGCUGAUGAAGGCAGGAGCUGGAGAACCCAGAAGCCGGGCGGCGGGGAGGCUCUAGACUUGAGCUGUCGCCUGCCUCAGCACACCGGCUCCCUCCCUCCCUCCCUCCCUCCGAAGCCAUGGUCUGGAGGAAGCUGGGCUCCAGCAACUUCUCCAGCUGCCCCAAUGGCUCCAGCCAGUGGAUAUGGGACGUGUUUGGCGAGUGUGCCUGGGAUGUCUGGGACAAGGCCAGCGUGGGCCUGGGCUUGAUCUCCAUUCUCUGCUUUGCUGCGUCCACCCUCCCCCAGUACAUCAAGGCCUGCAAGAUGGGCAACAUGGACCAGGCCCUGUCCCUGUGGUUCCUCCUGGGCUGGAUCGGUGGAGACUCCUGCAAUCUCAUUGGCUCCUUCCUUGCUGACCAGCUGCCCCUGCAGACCUACACAGCCGUGUAUUACGUCUUAGCCGACGUGCUGAUGCUGUCGCUGUACUUUCAUUACAAGUUUAAGAAACGCCCCUCUCUGUGGUCUGCCCCCAUCAAUUCUGUGCUGUUGUUCAUCUUGGGGGUGGCGUGUACCGCCCCACUGCUGAGCAGCGCUGGCUUGGUGGCUGCCCCCAGGGAGGUCUUCCGGGGGCGGACGCUCUUGUCUGUGGAGCCGGGCAAUAAGCCCUUCACGCAGCAGGAAAUCAUUGGCUUCGUAAUCGGCUCCGUGUCCAGCAUGCUGUACCUGCUCUCCCGGCUGCCUCAGAUCCGCACCAAUUUCCUGCGGAAGUCGACCCAGGGGAUCUCCUACUCGCUGUUCGCCUUGGUGAUGCUGGGGAACACGCUGUACGGGCUAAGCGUGCUGCUCAAAAACCCUGAAGUGGGCCAGAGCGAGGGCAGCUAUGUGCUGCACCACCUGCCCUGGCUCGUGGGCAGCCUGGGCGUCCUGCUGCUCGACACCAUCGUAUCCUUCAGGUUCCUGAUAUACAGGGAUGCCGCCACCUCAUCAGAGCGCCAGCCACUCCUCCCCAGCUGAGCAGGACCCAGACCCAGGCCAACCCAGGAUGACAGGGACCUGCAGAUGCCCCACUCAGGAAGGGAGAAGUAUGGGCAGUGACAGUGCUGCUGACCCUGGGCUGGGCCGUGGAGGAAGCUGGGGGUGCCUAGAACUCCCGGCCCGACCGCCUACCCCCAACACCUCCGAAACCUCGUGAGCUGACCCUUCCGGAAGCCCUGACUGACGGACUCUUCCAGGAGCAGGUCAGCCCCCAGGGCCAGCCCACCCCGCCUUGGGAUUCACCGCCAGGGUCUGAGGCAACUGUCCCUGGAGCCUGAAGGGAGGGCCUGCAGCCGAGACCUCGCCUCUCAGAAGACAGUGCAGCUGCCCCUCAGCUCACCUACCUCAUUCUGCCUGCCCCCCCCACCCAACCGCCUGGGGAGGAGCCCAGCUCAGCCUGGUGCACCCUGGACUGUACCGUCGACUGCAGAUGGCCUAGUGAACGGUGCUCCCUGUGAGGCCCGUCCUGGUGCUCCUUUCCCGGUGCCGGGCUCUGCGCUGCUCUGGGCACAGUGUUGGAUGGCGAUCGGGGUCCCACCUACAGGCCCCAGUGGGGGCCUAAGGGGUCAGGAUGUGGGAGAGCCAGGCCAGAGGGGACUGUGUCUGCUGGCCCGCCCCUGCCCAGCCUCUUGGGCCUCCAGUUUCUUCAACCUGCUUCUCUGUGACAGGCUCCACACCUGGUGGUGGGGACACAGCAGUGAGAAAGACACUCCUCCAACAGGAUCCCUGCUCCGCGGUGCUCAGCAAGAAGCGGAAUAGUUAAGGUUCAGACUUUGGUUCUGCAUCUCAACUUCUCUGUGCCACAGUUACCUCAUCUGUGCAAUGGGAUGACAGUAUUACCACUUUAUACGUCCUUCUAGGGAUUAAAUAAAAUGGUGUGCUUAUGGAUGUUAGCCCUGAAGUCUGGCGUGCAGAAGGAGCUCAUUGAAGGUUAGCUUUGAUCAUUUUUAGUUGGAGGAGAAGGACAACCAGAUCUCCCUGGAAAUCAGGGAGACCUUCCUGGAAGAGGUGACAUGGCAGAAGGACAGUCAGAAGAUAAAUGGGGAAGGUGCCAGUGUUGCAGGCGGGAAGGGUGGAGAGGAGGGCAGGGCUUAGCCCCGAGCUCUAGUUCCUGUGCCCCAACUUUAGUUUGCCUCCCAGACCCCAACCUGAGUCCACUUUCUUCUUGGCCACAACCCCAUGCAUGCCUGAGGACGGAGGGGCCAGCUCCCCUCCCUGCUGGCCUGCUGUCUCACCUCCCCCCCACCCCGCCCCGCUCCCCCACACAGCCGGUCCCAGGAGCCAUCAGGGUGGGUGGUGCCAGGUGCGGCUAAGGCUGGUAGGGAGGAGCUGGGGCUCAGCGUGAGCCUCUCUGUUAGAAUCUUCCUCUUCCAACCGUGGGGAAAGGAAGGAGCCCGGCCACAGGGCUGUAGCCUCGGCCGCGAGGGGACGCCUGCCCCGGUUUGGUGCCAAGCGCAGCUCUCCUCUCCACCCUGGCCCACGCUGUGCUGGGCGUCUGGGAUGGGGGUGAACCAGCUCUGGUCCCUGCCCUCAAGGAGGGGAGAUGGGUGCCGGGCCCUAGAGGGAAGGACUGUAACCAGAAGGUACAAAGUGCCAUAGGAAUGAGGCGACUCAACCUGGGAAGGCUUCGUGGAGGAGUGGCCCGGGAGCGGAAUCUUGAGAGAGAGGGAAGGGUGUGUGCAAAGGCCUGGAGAUGGGAGUCAGGGCUGCUCCCAAGGUGGGGCUGGAGUGAGGACAGGAUGGUGGGGGCAGGGCCAGCCACCAGCGCUCACAGCAGGUGACCUGGUUUGGUUGGGGGAAGAGGAGGAGGGAAUGGGAGUCUGGGGAGGCCAGGGAGGGGGGCGCCUCUGAGGUUCAGUUGGGCAGUGGGGCGAGUGGGGUGCAGCGCCUCAGCCCUGUCCUGGGCGGGCCUGCAGAACCCUGGGUGUCACCUGGCCUGCAGCUGUUUAUUGAGCACUUGCUGUGUGCGGGGCGAGGCUGGGCUGUACCCUCGCUCAGUCCCCACAACCCCCACUGCGGUAGGUGGCGCAGGUGCAGUCAUCACAGCCACAUGACAGAUGGGAAAACAGGCUCUGAGGAACUAAGCAGCUUCCCCAAGGUCCCCCAGCUACGAGUGGCAGCUGUUCUAUCCACAUGAGGUCCCUCAGCUGCGGGGGCCAUCCCACACCCGGCCCUCGGAGUCCCAUCCCUGCCUCCGCCCUUGGCGGGGGGUCCAGGGCUUCAGGCCGGGUGCCGUCCAGCCUCACCCUUGUCCUCGGGGGCGGCGCAACCCUGCUGUGCUCAGGCCCCCUCCCCACUGUUCUGAAUGGUGCCUCCCACCCCCAGGGCCCACGCCCGCCCCAGCUGGCUCAGUGCCCUUUGCAGCCAGGAUCUGGUGCCCUCCCGGCCUGAGGACCUGGGGGCUCAGCUUGGCAGUGUGAACCCAGGUGUGGGCCUGGGCUCGAGCUGGGUGGGGAAGAAAGAACGAGCUGUCACAGCCCCUGCCCUGGUGGGGGUGAUGGGGUGAUGGCUCUUGCUGGCAGGCGCCACCCAGUUUGCCGAGAGCUGUGGUUCCUUCCUCCUCAUGAAAGCCCCAGUCCGAUGGGGGAGACACUGGCACGCCCUGCCUGAUGGAGGACGUCGUGGCAGUGGGUAAACGGGACAGGUGCAAGCCUGUCGUGCCGGGUGAAGGCUCAUCAGCGUGUCCACCGUACUGGGACCCUCCCCGUGUUCCUCCCAAAGAGCGGAAGGGCCAGUGUGACCAUCAGUCAAUUCCACUGUCCGGACUGGGCCAUGCUUACCGGCUGGUGGGGUCCCUGAGGUGCAAGGUCCUGGGUGGACUGCCUUUCUCCCCUGGCUGCAGGCAAGCGUUGGUAGGGCCUUCACCUCUAGGUGUGGCCUGAAGGGAUGAGAACCUUCCUCCCGCCUGAAGUGUGGACCUAGCAUUUUGGUUUCAGGCCCAGGCUCUGCACUUACCAGUUGCCCUGGUAACUGGUCCAGGAGGAUUUCUCCCUCGGGACCCACACAGGGAGCAGGAGGCUGGGCCAGCCACCCCCAAAGAUCCCUGCCUUGGCGGCUUUACAUGUCAGCUAUUUUUAAUUUUUUUUAAUUUUUUAGUUAAGUUAUUUAUUUGGCUGUGUUGGGUCUUUGUUGCUGCACGUGGGCUUUUCUCUAGUUGCGGUGAACGGGGGCUGUUCUUCGUUGUGGUGCGUGGGCUUCUCAUUGUGGUGGCCUCUCUUGUUGAAGAGCACGGGCUCUGGGUGUGUGGGCUUCAGUAGUUGUGGCACGUGGGCUCAGCAGUUGUGACUCGCGGGCUCUAGAGCACAGGCUCAGUAGUUGUGGCGCACAGGCUUAGUUGCUCCGCGGCACGUGGGAUCUUCCUGGACCAGGGCUUGAACCCGUGUCCCCUGCAUUGGCAGGCGGAUUCCUAACCACUGUGCCACCAGGGAAGUCCCUUAGCUAUUUUUUUUUUUUAAUUUUAAUUUUAUUGGAGUAUAGUUGGUUUACAAUGUUGUGUUAGUUUCAGGGGUACAGCAAAGUGAUUGUUAUGCAUGUACAUUCUUUUUUUAGAUUCUUUUCUCAUAUAGAUCAUCACAGAACACUGAAUAGAGUUCCCUGUGUUAUACAGUAGGUCCUUGUUGGUUAUCUGUCUUAUGUAUAGUAGUAUGUGUAUGUUCACCCCAAGCUCCUGAUUUAUUCCUCCCCUUUGGUAACUGUUAAGUUUGUUUUCGAUAUCUUUGUCUGUUUUGUAAGUAAGUUCAUUUGCAUCUUUUUAAAAGUUAGAUUCCACAUAUGAGUGAUAGCAUAUGGUAUUUGUCUACGUGUUAGCUAUUGAAUGAGAUGCCGUCUAUGAAAAUGCCUGGGGCACCCCAAACCUCAAGGUGGGGGGCAGGCAGGUGGCAUCUACAAAGAAGGACUAGCCCACAGACCCAUCCUCAGUGCCCGGCCCCAGGCGCUCCCAGCCCAGGGUCCCCUUGGUUACUUAGCGAACCUGGGAUUUUUUUUUUUUUUUGCCACUCAUGGCAUGUGUGAUCUUAGUUCCAGGCCGCAUAGCCCAGUGGGAGCAGGCUGUCUGCCUCUGCUUGUUCUGAGGCUUCAGAGCAAAGGCCGCCCCCAGGCCCAGUGACUGGCUCAGCAGAUGCUGGACACAGGUGCCCUUUUUCUUCCAGCCUCUUUAGGGCUCACUGGUUCCCAGGAGCAGAAGCCCACUUGCUAAGCAAGCAGCAGAGGCUCUUGGCCGGCUGUGGGCUCACAGGAGGGAAGGUUAAGAGGUGAGCCAUCGGUGUCUGGAAGGACAGGACAGGCACUACAGCUCCGGGAAUCAUUCCUGGUGGGAAUGAAAUGGCACUGUUUCAGCAUCAGUCUCUCAAGAGAGAGCAUCGUAACUGGCCUAUUGUGGGUCACCCGGUGGGGAUGAGGGAAAGCCGUGGCCACACUGCACCGAGGCUGCGGGGAGGGGGUGGCACCAGAGAAGCAAGAGGGGCCGUGAACAGGUCCACGAGGCCUGCGCCACCCCUCGGGCGGGUAGGGUCCCACAGAGCAGGGAAAGGACGAGCUGGGAGGUGGCCCCAAGCCAGGGGCACACACUCCUCUUCUGCCACUUGGGUCCGGCUGCCCCUCACUGAGGAAACCCGGUCUCAGGGCCCAGUGUCCCUAAGCUCACUGGCCUGACUUAGCAGCAAAAGACAGCAGUGAUGGCUCUUCCAGUGAUGGAAGAUCAGGCCUGGCAUACAUCACAGUCACCAUUUCUGGCUUCCAAUUGUUAUUUUGGUCACGUGAUCGAACACCUGAUAAACAUGAACUCAUUUAUCUGUGCCAAGCACUCUACCACGAGGAUGUCAUUUCCAUUGGAGAAGGGCUCUGGGUCCACUGACAGAGCUCUGGCCUUCACCUGUCCGCCUCCCUCAUCUUCUCCACCUGAAGGUCCUUGAAAGGAACUGCACGCAGGUGUCUCUCCUGUUGCCCGUCUCUAUCUCAGUGGUACUCUGCACUCAGUAAAGAUGUGCCCCAUCUGGGAACUUUCUCAUCAGACCAUGCAGAGAGGAGCUGGGCCCAAGGAUUCGGGGACAGGCGUGUCAGGGACCCAGGACCUCAAACCAGAGGGGCUUCGCCGGGGUGUGGGCCCUACUGCCCUGCCAAGCUGCCCUGGUGUCAGCCGGGAGAGCACGGACUACAGCUCAGAGGGACCUUGGGCACGUUAACCCCAACCUGUUUGCCCACGUCACCCAGGGCUGUGAAGAUGGCGUGGGACGAGUGUGGACAUGCCUGCGCAGAGCAGGUGUUUGCUGAAAUGAAAGGGGAGGUGGGGGAGAGCCCCCAUCCCAUCACACCUGAUGAUGGGAUGGCCCCAGCUGUUCAGGACAGGUGGGGCAGGGUCUGCGCGGAGCGGGGGCCCAGAGAAGCCGCUGGAGAUCUGCAAGGACCCCCUGCUCGCUCACCACGUGGGCCCCACGCCCCCACUGGGGUCAGCCCUCCCAGCCGGGCUCACAUGCUUGGACAGCUAGGCAGGCAAGAAAGAACACAAGGCCAGUGCUAACUGCAUCCCAGUUUCUUUUUAUUUAUUUUUUUGUUCUUUUUUUCCUUUUUUUUUUUUAAGUAUGGAAGCUCAAGUAUAAGAUGUAGAUUUUUUUUUUUAAGCUUUACAAAAAAACAAAAUAAAACAAAAACUCCUUUUGCAUUCCAUAAAAAUUGACAGAAAAGCACCUGGCCAGAAGAGCAGGACGGUCCGCAGGUCCCCGCCCCCCACCGUGUGGUCUCCGCGGGACAGGGGCCAGGCGUGCGGGACGACGCUGAGGGCCACCUCUCCUUUCUCCCAGAGCUG